UUGAAAAAACAGAGAUCAAGAAAUGGAAAAUUAUGCCAUGUUGAAACUCACAAUAAAUUCGUAUCCCGCCCUUCCCUCCUAUUUGCCUGUUCACUCGUUUUCUCCUCAGCCGCCGGAAAAUAUGCAACAUAUGCAAAAUGUGCCCAUUCACGAAUAUUCAAUUUCUGAAUUUGAUUUUUCAUAAGGAAGGAACUCGAAUUCGUCAGCAUAGGAGGGCGCUCUUCCUCUGAUAGGAAGAGAUAGAGAAAUAAAUAGAGAGAGGGAUGAUCACGCCGCGUUUUCAGCAAAAAACCGAGGGACGUCGUCUAUUUGAUUUCUUGGGUUAAUCGGUUCAUCAUUUGUAACCUCAAUUAGUGAUUUUUGUUAGGAAUUCAUAUAAUCUGUUCCGACGCAAGGUAUCUUUUAGAGACUCCGUUUAAUCCUUUUCCCUGUUUGGAGUCUCAGUUGAACUUUUUGUUGGGUUGGCGAUAGGAUUAUAAAUCAUGGGAAAGGAGCUAAAGCAAUCGCUUCAAAGUUUUCUGUAUAGAAAUCAAGAACCUGCUACAAGUAAUUCAGAAACUAUAGAAAUUUUGAAAGAGCACUGCAUUCCUGAUAACAUACUUCUUACGGAAUCAGAAAAAAGAGAAGAAUGCCAUGUUCCUGAGUUUCCGGUUAUAGUAUUCAUCAAUUCCAAAAGUGGGGGGCAGCUGGGGGGUGAACUCUUAACAACAUAUAGGAAUCUUCUCAACAAAAAUCAGGUGUUUGAUUUGGGGGAAAAGGCACCUGACAAGGUGCUAUACCAAGUUUACUUCAACUUGGAGAAGCUAAAGCAAAAUGGAGAUAAGUUGUCUGCCGAAAUUCAGAAGCGUUUGAGAAUUAUUGUUGCUGGUGGGGACGGAACAGCUGGUUGGCUCCUUGGAGUGGUUUCUGAUCUUAAACUAGCACAUCCGCCACCAAUUGCAACGGUGCCGCUGGGAACAGGAAAUAAUCUUCCAUUUUCAUUUGGUUGGGGGAAGAAAAAUCCUGGUACAAAUUAUCAAUCUGUGAAGGCAUUCUUGAACCAAGUAAAGAAUGCAAAUGAGAUGAAAGUUGACAGCUGGCAUAUUCUUAUGCGGAUGAGGGCUCCUAAAGAAGAAGGUUCAUGUGAUCCUAUUGCACCUCUUGAGCUACCCCACUCAUUGCACGCCUUUCGCCGAGUCCCCCAAGCAGAUGAAUUGAACGAGGAGGGAUGCCUUACUUUCCGCGGGGGAUUUUGGAACUACUUCAGCAUUGGAAUGGAUGCCCAAGUUUCUUAUGCAUUUCACACUGAAAGAAAGCUACAUCCCGACAAAUUCAAAAGCCAAUUAGUUAAUCAGAGUACAUAUGCAAAGCUGGGUUGUACGCAAGGUUGGUUUUGUACUUCUCUCGUGCAUCCAUCUUCAAGAAACAUAGCUCAGUUGGCAAAAGUCAAAAUCAUGAAAAAGCCAGGUCAGUGGAUAGACCUCCACAUACCACGCAGCAUUAGGUCCAUUGUCUGCCUCAACUUGCCUAGUUUUUCGGGGGGUCUUAAUCCAUGGGGAAGUCCUAAUAAGAAGAAGCUACACUCGAGAGACUUGACUCCGCCAUAUGUCGAUGAUGGUUUUCUUGAGGUAGUUGGUUUUCGAGAUGCAUGGCACGGUCUUGUCUUGCUUACUCCAAAUGGGCACGGGACUCGCCUCGCACAGGCGAACAGAAUCCGUUUCGAGUUCCACAAGGGUGCUGCUGAGCACACGUUCAUGAGGAUCGACGGUGAACCAUGGAAACAACCCUUGCCCACAGACGAUGACACUGUAGUCGUUGAAAUAUCGCAUUUCGGCCAAGUAAGCGUGCUAGCCAACGUACAUUGCCAAUCCAAAAGCAUCAAUGCACCUGAUUCACCAUACAGGUGCGAAGAAGACGAAAGUGACAGUAACGAAGAAGAAUUCCAAGAUGAUUCAGAAGAAAGGAAGAAGAUAGGUGCAGCUGACACUUUUCGACUACCAGAUGAUUUUGAUAUAGCACAAAUUAGUUAAAAGCCAUCAAACUUUUGUCUCCUCUUCUGUUAGCCUUUCAAGUCUUUUAUGCACGCCGAAGUCUACUGCUUUGUCAGGGUAGUGACAAGCAAACUGCAAUGAUGGUGUG